ACCAAUAAAACACUCGAGGACGAAGGAGGAGGUCUUAUAAAUCUAAGCGUUUACAAAUUUUUGCCUCCUUUUUGCACGACCACAAAAUAAAGAAAAUGUUUCCCUCUUUGAUGCUACAUGACAUGUUUUAUUGGUGCUCAGACUGACGCUGGCUGUUUGGAGCCGAAUUGCCUGGGAAACAGCCUCCAGUCAGAUGGAUUGAUGCAUAGAGACAAAACCUCUGGAAGAGGAAUUUCCUCCAUUGAGACCAUUUCUGGAAAUCGCAUCCCUCAGGCCGUCUGUAUGAAGCUGGAGCCCACCGUCAUGGAUGUUAAGCAGAUCCUGGUGGUUAAAAAAGAAGACACAGAAGAUGAAAAUCCUAGUUCUGAUCGGCAUGACCCAAAACUCUGCCACAUAAAGAAGGAAGAUGAGGAUGUCUGCAUCAGCUUAGGGGGAGAGCUGCACAAAGUGAAGGAGGAGUUUGAAAAUGGCCUGAAAAGUGAGGAUGGUGAACAGUCUCCUCUGCUCUCACAGCUUUAUCAAGAGCAAAUUAAAGACGGAGACCUUCCAGAAAAAAACAGAGGAGAAUCCAUCAGGAUAGAAGAUCAUGGAGAUGGUUCCAACUCCUUAGAGUCUGACGACACCAAAAGCAAUAAAGAGGAUGAUAAUGUAAAGCACCAUGUCUCUGAAAGGAAAGACUUGGCAGACUCCAGACUGGAAACUGAGGACAUGGACAAUGACUGGAAGGAGAGCAGAGCUCCUGAGUCAGAUGGAAACCUAGUUAACAAACAAGAUUCAGAAAUAGUCUCUCCAAGCUCACUGGAUAUUAAGAAAUGUUUUACAAAGAACAAAAAUGUUAACCCACGAAGAAAGGUACAGGCAGGAGGGGAGUUUAACUGUGAAGACUGUGGCAAAAUCUUUUUUGGAAAAUGGAAUUUAAAUGCACACAUGAGAAUCCACACAGGAGAAAAACCUUUCUGUUGUGAUGUUUGUGGAGUCAGAUUUAGCCAUAGUUCACAUUUAAACACACACAUGAGAAUCCAUACAGGAGAAAAACCUUUCUGCUGUGAUGUUUGUGGACACAGAUUUAGACAAAAAUCACUUUUAACUACACACAUGAGAAUCCACACAGGACAGAAACCGUUCUGUUGUGAUUUUUGUGGACACAGAUUUAGCCAUAAAUCUAGUUUAAUCACACACAUGAGAAUCCACACAGGCCAAAAGCCUUUCUGUUGUGAUCUCUGUGGAAAUAGAUUUAGUCGUAAAACUACCUUAAACAAACACAUGAGAAUCCACACAGGACAGAAACCGUUCUGUUGUGAUCUUUGUGGACACAGAUUUAGCUGUAAGUCACAUUUAAGCAGACACAUGAGAAUCCACACAGGACAGAAAAUAACUGCGGUAUGAUGACUCAAACUGCACAGCUCCAUUUGGUUGUGAAGUAUUUAUUUGUUGGUAUUCAAUUCAACAGUCUUCACUUUUAAUAUUAAAACAUUUUAUUUAAGUAACAUAUUUGUUUAGUUGUAUGA